AUGGCGGGAGCCCGGCACCCGGUGUGUGUGAGGGGGGCAGCUCUGGUGCAGACAGAGAGGCUCCAGAUGUUCGCCUUCUCUGUGUGCUGGUCGGAUGACAGCGACAGCUUCGUACGCAGAAGCUGGGAGGACUUCAGGAGACUCCACAAAACCCUCAAGGAGACCUUCCCAGUGGAGGCAGGCCUGUUGCGGAGAUCUGACCGCCUUCUCCCCAAGCUCCCAGCCGACGCACCCUGGCUGGUGCACCGAGGCCGCACCAGCCGAGGCCUGGCCCGCCUGCAGCUGCUGGAGGCCUACCUGAGGGCGCUGCUGGCAGCAGGGGAGCAUGUGUCCCGCAGCCUGGUGCUCACUGGCUUCCUCGCGCCACAAGCUGCGGACUUGGAUCCUAUGCUGCCACCUGGCAGCCUGGUGAUCCUGCCCACCCUGCAAGAGCCCCCGCCAGGCCCCUCAGGCAGCCCUGCCAUCCGCGCCCUGGAGGCCCAGAGCCUGCGCUGCCUGCAGCCGUUCAGCACCCAGGACACGCGGGGCCAGCCCUUCUGCACUCAGGCCCAGGAGGCCCUGGAUGUGCUGCUACGACACCCCUCAGGCUGGUGGCUGGUGGUGAACAAGGACCAGCAGACGGCGUGGUUUCCUGCUCCCUACUUGGAGGAGGCGGCCCCACACCGGGGACAGGGUGGGGGACAGCCCCUGGGGAUAAGCGGGCCCCAGUUCUGUGCUGUCCAUGCCUAUGAGAGCAGCCGGGCUGAUGAGCUGUCUGUGCCCGCAGGGGCACGCGUGCGUGUGCUGGAAACCUCUGACCGAGGCUGGUGGCUGUGCAGGUUCCGAGGCCGCACCGGUCUUCUCCCAGCUGCAACGCUGCAGCGUGAUGGGCUGGGCACCCUCCUCAGUGGGCCAUGGCUCCACCACGGGGCUGGCACUGCGGAAGGUGGGGAGGGCAAGGCCCAUGGCUCCCCCAGGUCCCCCCAGGCCGCGAUGCUUCCGCCUCCUGUGCCUACCCGGCCGCCUCUGAGCGCUAUUCAAAGCCGCUGCUGCACCAUCACCCGUAAGGCACUGCAGCGGGACCCGGGGCGGCAGGGAGCCCUCUGA